UCGCCUCUCUUCGCUCUGCAGGACUGAGCAGUGAGACAAGAGCUAAAACAAACAGCUGUGACUGUAGGAGCCAGCCCAGGGGGGGAGGAGAGAGAGAGGGGGGGGGGAUCCUACCACGGCUCCCCAUCCCUGCGUCCUCUCGCUGUCUUCCUGCCCCAUCCGUCCAUCCGCUCGCCCCUCCAUCUCCUCCUCGGGCGCCACUCGGGGCCGCUCAGGAUGAGGAGGAUCCGGGCCAAUGCCAUCGCCAUCCUGACCGUCGCCUGGAUUCUGGGCACUUUCUAUUACUUGUGGCAGGACAACAAGCCCCACGCCGCCGCAUCCAGCCGCUCCCCCGGCAGCAGCGGGAGCAGCAGCAGCAGCGGCGGCGGCGGCGGCCACCAGAGAUCAAGCGGCAAAGUCGAGCUCCACAAAGAGGAGAGGACCAUCCCCCUCAUUGCAUCCAGGCCGCCACAGGCAGAGAAACCUGGCUUACGGGGUUUUGAUGAGAAGGCUUAUGUUUCUUCAAAGUUGCUAAAGGCUGGAGAAGACCCUUAUCGACAACAUGCUUUCAAUCAGUUAGAGAGUGACAAACUCAGCAGUGACCGGCCCAUUCGAGACACAAGGCAUUACAGGUGUGCCUCCAUACAUUAUGGUGCGGACCUGCCAUCCACAAGCAUCAUCAUCACCUUUCACAACGAGGCUCGCUCCACCUUACUCCGCACAGUGACAAGUGUUUUGAAUCGUACUCCAGCCAACUUGAUUCAGGAAAUAAUAUUAGUGGAUGACUUCAGCUCCGAUCCCGAGGACUGUCAGCUCCUUACUAAAAUACCAAAGGUCAAGUGUCUACGCAACAAUCGUCGAGAAGGUCUGAUCCGUUCUCGAGUUCGAGGUGCUGACAUGGCAACUGCUGAUAUUCUCACCUUCCUUGAUAGCCAUUGUGAGGUGAACAGUGAAUGGCUACAACCAAUGCUUCAGAGAGUGAAAGAGGAUUAUACUCGGGUGGUGAGUCCUAUCAUCGAUGUGAUAAGCCUGGACAAUUUUGCCUAUUUAGCAGCAUCAGCAGAUUUAAGGGGAGGGUUUGAUUGGAGUCUUCAUUUCAAGUGGGAGCAGAUCCCCAUUGAGCAAAAGUUGUCUAGAACAGACCCAACGCAGUCCAUCAGAACACCUGUCAUAGCAGGAGGCAUUUUUGUGAUCGAUAAGUCUUGGUUUAACCAUCUUGGAAAAUAUGACACGCAGAUGGAUAUCUGGGGAGGAGAAAACUUUGAGCUUUCUUUUCGAGUCUGGAUGUGUGGAGGUAGCUUGGAGAUCGUUCCCUGCAGUCGAGUGGGUCACGUCUUCCGGAAACGCCACCCGUAUGACUUCCCAGAAGGCAACGCACUGACUUACAUUAAAAAUACCAAACGUACAGCAGAAGUAUGGAUGGAUGAGUACAAACAGUAUUACUAUGAAGCCCGCCCAUCUGCCAUUGGAAAGUCAUUUGGAAGUAUCGCAGACCGUGUGGACCAGCGUAGGAAGCUGAACUGUAAAUCCUUCCAGUGGUACCUGGAGAAUGUUUACCCUGAACUCAAAGUUCCCGAAAAGGAACUCAUUCCUGGGAUAAUCAAACAAGGGGCCAAUUGCCUGGAGUCUCAGGGGCAGGAUUCAGCAGGAAACUCUCUUGCAGCAGUUGGAAGCUGCAAAGGGACAGCAAAUGAUCCUGCUGCUACUCAGGAGUGGAUAUUCAGUGACCCUUUAAUCAGGCAGCAGGACAAGUGUCUCUCAAUCACCUCCUUCUCCACCGGCUCCCAGAUCACAAUUGAAGCGUGCAAUCAGAAAGACGGCAGACAGAAAUGGAAGAUGAAAGGCAGCUUCAUCCAGCACUUUGUCAGUGGCCUAUGCUUGGAAAGCCAGUCCAGCAGACUAGUGACCAACAUCUGCCAGUCAGAUAUACCAGGCCAACAGUGGGAGCUGCUCCAAGCCACAUGAUGGUUGCCCAGCAAUUUCUCCAGUGCUUUUGCAUGAGACUUUGGGAACGGAAGGGGUUAGGGUGGGGAAUGGAGUUUAAACCUUAAGUAUUUUGAUUGUGAUCCUCAGCCAAUAACCAUUUCAGUUGAAAUGACAGUGUUCUUGAAUUCAUUAAUGAAGCACUCCAUGGUGUAUGGAAACAUCACCGGAACUGGCCCAUUUGUAACCCAUGUUUUCCCCACUGUGAAUACACUAUAGGACACUCAAUAGCAGCUCAGAGUUGGAGAAUGGGACAUCCCAGUAGCCAAGACUUUAGUGUGAGUCAGAAUGUUUGACAGUUCUUCUCUUCUCUUGCUUUCUCUCCAGGGAAAUUUGUGGUCUCUGGACCCAUGGAGUUGUGGCAGUUGGUGUCUGUGACAACGCUUAAUGUGAACUCCUGGUGGAUUUGCUUGACUUCAUUGUCUUUCAGACAUGCCAUCCCUUCUCAUUUUGCAUGUGUGUUGUACAAAAUGCUUUAUGGGAAAGCAGGCAAAAUUAGUCAUGCCUAAGUUAUUGGGAAUUGCAUCUUUGGCAGGGAAAUGCAAGGCUUAGAGCCUGGGGGCUUUGUUGAUCUGCUUUUGUUUCUAAGUUUGUUUCUUCAUUGAAGUAUGUUAAUGUAAUUCUUUGCAGAAAUAUGGAUCCUUGUGUUUCCCUGGCUGAAAAUAGGGCUAUGGUAUAGCAGUGGGAAAGUUAAAGCCAACCCUUAGGGGAUAAAUGAUUUGAUUUUUUUAAAGAGCUUGACUCCUGAAGUACAAAUGUUGUUUGAAAUUACAUAAACAAAAAGUCCCUGUGUGUUUUUAUACAAAAAAUAAGUGUUUCUAGUUGUG